AUGCAGACAAUGGGCGCUAUACCCGCGUACCUCUGCCCUGCUCUUGAUGGGACGAUGGCUGCGUCAACCAUGUCACUUUCGGGCGGGUUGCGUUCAUCCUACAUUGCUCUGAGCAGGCGCCGAAUUUCUACCACUGGCCUCAAAUUCUCCUCGUCCCAAUUUCAUCGUUCUGACUUCGCCAAUCAGCCUUUCACUGGCAUGUACGAAUCAGGUCUCCCGACUUCGGGCCCGUUGGGCGGCGCUUCCGUCUAUGGCACUUUACAACUCACCCCCAAGAUGCUGAAGCAGCAUCUGGAUCAAUUUGUGGUGGGCCAAGAACGAGCAAAGAAGGUGCUCAGUGUUGCUGUAUUCAAUCAUUAUCAGAGGAUACAGGAGAUACAGAGGCGUGAAGAGGAGGAGGAAGAACUGCUGGCUCAGAGAGAAAGAAGGGAACGCCAUCCUGUUGAGACUGAAUUUCCCGGACAACAGGCGACUAUACGCAUGGAAGCCCCCCCGGGUCCACGAUUUGAUGCCCGUACUGGUGGCUCACCACUAGUGGACUCCAGCCCUCUCGCGCUGGAGAAGUCGAACAUUUUAUUACUGGGGCCCAGCGGUGUGGGAAAGACGUUGAUGGCGAAAACUUUGGCAAGAGUGCUUUCGGUCCCAUUUUCCAUGUCGGAUUGUACUCCGUUUACGCAGGCUGGGUAUAUUGGUGAGGACGCCGAGGUCUGUGUCCAUCGGUUGUUGGCUGCUGCGAAUUACGAUGUUGAAAAGGCCGAACAUGGCAUCAUAUGUCUGGAUGAGGUGGACAAGAUCGCAACAGCUAAAGUCAGCCACGGCAAAGAUGUGUCUGGUGAAGGUGUGCAGCAGGCCCUGUUGAAGAUCAUUGAAGGGACGACCAUCCAGGUUCAAGCCAAACCCGAGCGAAACGCGCCUCGAGCAGGGGGUCACUCACAAACUUAUCCAACUAACAGCCCCUUAGGGGCUGGGAUAUCUUCCGGCUCACCAGGUGCUCCAUCCCCUCCCGCCAAGGGUGAAGUUUAUAAUGUGCGGACGGACAAUAUCCUGUUCAUAUUCAGCGGCGCUUUUGUUGGUCUCCAGAAGCACAUCAUGGAUCGAUUGUCGAAAGGCAGUAUCGGAUUCGGAGCCAACGUGCGGUCUAGCUCCAAUCUGCACUUUUAUUCCCGCGAUCAGAAAUCGACCGCGGCUGCUCCUGUGCCAAUUCUGCCGGGUUCUCAAGAAGAGGCUCUCUAUAAGAAACAUUUGCCCUUCUUCACUCCAGCUCCAGCGCCUGAACAGACUUCAUUGGACGGUUCUGCGCCAGAGCCCAACUACUUCAACCCGUUGGAUCUUGUCACGCCGGCGGAUCUACAAUCAUACGGCUUCAUUCCUGAGCUUGUUGGCCGUAUCCCUACAGCGGCUGCAUUGUCCGCCUUGACGCAUUCAUUGCUGCUGCGCAUCCUCACCGAACCCCGGAAUUCCCUCGUUGCCCAGUACGUCACUUUAUUCUCUCUCUCCGGAAUCGAACUUCGCUUCACUACGCCCGCCCUUCACGUUGUUGCGUCAAACGCUAUUACCAUGGGAACCGGCGCUCGUGCUCUGCGCACUGAGAUGGAGACUAUCCUUGGAGAUGCAAUGUUUGAGGCCCCUGGGAGCAGUGUCAAAUAUGUCCUCGUGACGGAACGUGUUGCUAAGAGAGAGGAAGGCGCCAUCUACUUCGGCCGAGGCCAGGGAGGGAAGUUCCAUGCUCUCAUUGCGCAGGAAGAAGGCGAAUGGGAAGACAAGCAGAAGCAAAAGGAGGCGCAUAGAAAGGCGGCAGGCCGGCCAAGCAGCUUUGAAGAUUGGCGGACGAAGGCCACCAUCGCGGCAGGCAGCGGAGGCUGA